CCGUCUGUCAUUUGUUGUCAGAAUUUGAUCUGCCUGGGAGUCUUUCUAGCGGCGAUUUGUAGGACGACUCUAGACUUUCAGUGCCGUUCGCCCAAAGCCAAUUUGAAACGGCGCUAAAUCAAUCGGAGCGUCUAAUUCGGACGCACCAUCUGUAAAUCCCGCGAACCCUUUUGUUUUUGUGACCCGGUUAAAGUAAUUCCAGGAAAGCUGGAUCCCCAAAAAGGUGACGAGAGUUUGAUGGAUUCUGAUCCUGACAUCGAAUUCGUGGACAAGGAUAGCGGAAUGUCAUCGCUCGGAGGUAGCAAGGAUGAGACCCCGGAACGCAGACCCACUGAUCCCGUUCCCGCUCCCGUGAUCGAGAAUGAGUCGCAAGUUGAAGCUGUGGAAAAGGAGGAAACAUAUGACGACGAACCAGAUGAAACAAUUGCUGAAAGAUUAUGGGGACUAACAGAAAUGUUCCCGGAGCCAGUCAGAAAUUUUUGUGGUUCAGUUGCCGAUUUAUCAGUUUCCACUGUGAAAAAUGUAUUCCAGUUUUCAUGUAAUGCAUCAUGGAUCUUUUUUACAAGUUCAAUGAUUUUAUUCGCGCCCGUCAUUUUCGAAACCGAACGCGCUCAAAUGGAAGAAAUGCAGCGAACACAACAAAAACAAGUUUUAUUAGGACCCGGUUCAGCGAUAGCGUCUGGUGGUCAUGGGAUGCCUGCUCUGCCGCCAAUGGCACGAUAACUAUAAUCUAACACACACACACGGUGGUCGAUAAUGUAAUUUAAAUUAGUGGGGGGGAGAGUGGAGAGAGCAAGAAAGAAUAAAUUAAAUACGAUUCAUACAUAAGCGAAAUAGAGUUAGAGUUGAACAGAACAAUUAUACACAAAACAAAUUUCCACGUGAAAAACAAAAACUGAAUACGCUCGCUCAAUAACCCAAGUUAAUUGAACAAAUGCCUGCCGCCCGGUGAAAGAUUAUUGAAAAGAUGUAUUGAAUUGCAUGUAUGAGCUAGUCGACCGAUUAAGCAACGUGUUUAUGAAACAGUCAUUUUAAACUAAUAUCUCAUUGUUAACCGAGUUGAAAGUAGAAAAUGAACCGGGCCAACUUAGAUUGUACCAUGUUAGCCGGUCGAUGAUUUCAUAAAAUACGAGAAAUUAUAUUUCUUUGCUUAGAAAUAAAUUAAUAGUUGUAUAAAAA